AUGAUCCAACGAAGCGUGGUCUCGUGGAACACCCUGAUCCUCGGACACGCACAGAGCGCUCAAGGAGAAGCUAGAGUCGCUCUGGAGCUCCUGGAACAGAUGAAAGGUAGCGGGAUUGAGCCGGACGCUCUAACUUACGUCGCGGCUCUCAAGGCUUGUGGGAAUCUAGCAGCUCUCUCGACCGGCAGGAAGAUCCACAGCGAAGUAGCGAGCACUCCCAGGAUUGAUCUGGCCAGGGACACGGUUCUAGCAACAGCAGUAGUGGAUUUCUACGGGAAGUGUGGGAGCAUGGUGGAAGCUCAAGCAGUGUUUGAUUCGAUCCAGAGGAAAGACUCGGUGGCUUGGGGAGCUCUAGUCGCGGGGUUUAGCCAGCAGGGUGACACUCAAGGGGUGUUCCAGGUGGUGGAGAGGUUGAAAAGAGAGCGCGUAGCGAUCGAUGGGAUCGUCUUCCUUCACGUCUUGACGGCGUGCAGUCACGCUGGAUUGGUGGAGAGAGGAAUGGAGUUCUUCCAGAUGAUGAUCUCCGAGGAUCACAGGGUGGUUCCCAGCGUGGAGCACUACACUUGCGUGGUGGAUCUUCUAGCUCGAGCAAACCAUCUGGAAGAGGCGGUGGCGAUGGUAAAGAGCAUGCCUUUCGAGCCGGACUUGACAGUGUGGACGUCGAUCAUGAACGCGGCGAGGAAGUGGAGGAACUUGGAGAUUGGGAAGCUCGCAUUUGAGGCGAUGCUGCGGCUGGACGCUAGAGAUCCAGGAGCGUACGCGCUCAUGGCCAACACUUUCUCCGAGUCAAAGAUGGUCAGGGCCGUUGACUGA